UUCCCGGUCACUGAAUACUGUUCGACUUUCCGACAGGCCACAUGAUGCGUGACAGCGCGCAAAUGUUUAUAAACAAUCUACACCACAGCGCAAAAAAAGGAUGAUUGUUACAUCUCGAAAAUGUGUGACGACCCACAACCAUCGACUUCCUGUUUGCGUUCGGCUUGUCCGGUAUGUGACAAACUGUUUUCCAUGGACGAAAUCGAAAAUCACGUCGAUCGAUGUUUGUUCCUAAGCUCAACGGAUUGUAGCUCUUCAGAAGCAACUUCAAGUAAGGGACAAAAGAACGAUCAGAACCAAAGUGUGUCUCGAGAUGCAAAGCGGAGCUUUAGUAUUUUCGAAAAGUCACCCUCGAUUGCUUCCAAGCGAAAGAAAGGCGAUCGAGAUUCAAAAAGCGUUGAAGAUAUGGAAAAACAGGUUAUUGAUCUGUCCGACGAUGAUGGCCAAACUGAAAAAAAGGAUUUGGAUUCCACGCAGCAGAAAACGGCAAAGAUUGUUAAGGAAGUUUCCAGUGUCCCGUUGGCAGAAAAGAUGAGACCAGAUGACCUCAAGGAUUACGUUGGUCAAGAGCAUAUCAUUGGAAAGAACACCGUAUUAAGGACACUAUUCCAGAACAACAUUAUCCCGAGUAUGAUAUUCUGGGGUCCACCAGGAUGUGGCAAAACAACAAUGGCCCACAUUAUCGCGGCUCAUUGUAAAAAAAGUGAAAACAUGCGAUUCGUUAAACUGUCGGCUACGAUGAGCGGCGUGAAUGACGUGAAAGAAGCCGUUAAAGUGGCUAAAAAUGAGAUGAAAUUCAAACGAAGAACAAUCCUGUUCAUGGACGAAAUCCACAGAUUUAAUAAAUUACAACAGGACAUCUUUCUGCCUCAUGUGGAAAGCGGAACGGUCACGCUGAUUGGGGCCACAACAGAGAAUCCGUCGUUCAGUCUUAACUCAGCUUUACUAAGUCGCUGUCAGGUUAUUGUGCUAGAGAAGCUGGGUGUCGAUGGGAUGAUAAAAAUUUUGCAGAGAGCUCUACCAGAGUAUGAAACUGUGAUGUUUGAAAACAAUAAUGAGCAUCCCGAUAUUAGCAAACUGCCGUUUGUACCUAGAAUGAUGAUCAGUUCGGAGAGCAUUCGAUGGUUGGCUGAAGUUUGCGACGGAGAUGCUCGCAUCGGGUUGAACAGCCUUCAGUUGGCAUUGAAUACUGUAGCUACUCGGCAGAAGGAGGAGGGUGCCGACCUUAAACUUAUUUCGCUUGACGAAAUCAAGGAAGGACUUAAGAAAUCUCAUCUCCUUUACGAUCGCAAAGGAGAUCAACACUACGAGUUGAUAUCGGCCCUGCACAAAUCGGUCCGCGCAUCGGACGAUAACGCAGCCCUCUACUGGUGCACUCGGAUGCUCACUUCCGGUGAAGAUCCACGGUACCUGGUCCGUCGGAUGAUUCGAAUGGCAAGCGAAGACAUAGGUGUGGCCGACACAAAUGCCUUAACGGUGGCCACAUCUACACUAGCUGCGGUUCAAGCUGUCGGGAUGCCGGAAGCGGAUUGCAUCAUCGCUCACUGUGCCGUUUAUUUGGCAAGAGCUCCCAAAAGUCGCGAGGUGUACAACGCGUUCAACCGGUGCAAAGCGGCCAUCAAAGAGCAGAAAGGACCGAUGCCAGGAGUGCCGUUACACUUGCGGAACGCCACCACGAAACUGAUGAAAGAUUUGAACUACGGCACCGGGUACAAUCUAUUGCACAAAGAUCAGUCGGGUUUGUGCUACAUGCCGGAAGGACUGGAGGAUGAGAAUUAUUUUUCGGAAUAAGACAUGUUGGAUAUAAAAUAAACUUGUUUAUGUUAACAAA